GAAAAAAGGAAAAGAGAUGAAAACGGCGUGUGUGAUCGUCCUCUUUCCAGCGAUUAUUCUACGGAAUCUGAUGACGACGAAGUUGAUAGGUACCAGUCCUACAAGGACAUUGAAAAAGAACCUGAAAUAUCUUUCAUUAAAGAAAUUAUAACUGUCGCAAACAUUCACAACAAUCAGGUGCAAAUAACAUCAGCUGAAAAUACACCAACGGAAAUGAUAACCGAAGGGUCAGGAACAAAGAGUAACAAAAUCAAUUAUAUCAUAGUGAGAUCAAUAACAUAUUCAUUUACAUAUGAUAAAUAUAUCAGAUUAAAAGAAGUCAGUGGUGUACAUAGAGACAUCCCACAAUUAAAAGGCUUGUGGAGAACAACGAAGUUAGCAGCCAAGAAAACUGUGUCUGAGCACCAAAGAGCUAUUCGAGCCACGGGUGGAGGCCAACAACCACCAUCACCGUCACAAAAAGUGCUAAUCAUCGUAGAUUUAUGGCCAACAGACUUCAUUGAAGAUGAGAACAAGUUUGACAGUGAUGGAGUUUCACUAUUUAUAACCGAAGAUGACAUAGAAAAAGUGCACAAUAGCACAGUUCUCUACGAUAUGGACAUAAAUGUAUGUAUGGAAGUUAUCUAUCAUGCUACCUCGGUGUACUGUUAUUUAUAUACCAUGUAUAAAGUAUUGUAACGAGGCUGUAUAGCGUUUAAAACAAAAAGGUAACAGCGAUUAAACGAAUGGCAGCGGAUUGUUAUUCUGUAUCUUAAUAUUUUCUUUAAUUCUUUCUCUUCGAGAACCUUGUAACAUCUGUUUAAAAAUAAAUCAUUACCACAAUAUUAAAGUAUUUAAUUUUCAUAACUGGACAUUGAAAAAGAACUGAAAUAUCUUUCAUUAAAGAAAUUAUAACUGUCGCAAACAUUCACAACAAUGAGGUAAAAUUAUUUAUGAUUGUAU